AUGGGACUCUUGCAGAACUUCCUUGGUCUCACCAAUUUCCGUAAUCCCUUACUGCGGACGUUGGUGCCGAGUGUGUCGGCCGCGUUCGCGAUUCAAACUGCCUUUGCCGUCCCUUCUAUUCUCGCUCAAUCUGACCGGUUUUAUGAUGCCUCUGGUGCAAUGACCUUCCUAUCCGUCACGCUUUUGAGUAUGUACCUGCCCAGCCUCCGCACCAGAUCCGCAGCCGCGUUGAAGGGGACCGAUAUCAAACUGCCGAGCUUGAUGUCGGCAUUCACAGGCGGAGGUGCUUCUGGAGGUUUUAACUGGCGACAAGUCGCCCUGGGCGCAGCCGUUGCGUUCUGGUCUAUUCGAUUGGGUUCCUACCUCUUCCAACGCGUGCUGCAAACUGGUUCAGACUCCCGCUUCGAUAAGAUAAAAAAAUCUCCGGCCAAGUUCCUCGUGGCGUGGAUAGCACAGGCGACCUGGGUUUCAUUGUGUCUCAUGCCCGUGAUUGCCAUCAGCGCUAUCCCGCCCGCUGCCUUCUCUGCUCUGCCCCGACUGAAGCCUACUGAUGUUCUUGGCUUGGCGCUAUAUGUCGGUGGCUUCGCGUUUGAAAUGGUGGCGGAUCGCCAGAAGAGCAAAUGGAUGCAAGAAAGGCGAGAGAAGGUGCAUGAGGAGCAGUUCAUUACUCGGGGCCUUUGGAGCAAGAGUCAAUAUCCCAACUACUUUGGCGAAUGCACAUUGUGGACCGGCAUUGCCACAACAGCUGCGGGUGUGCUUGUAACUCGUCCUGCGCAGGUAGGAUUGGGUCUAUCCGGUGGUUUGCCUGGUCAAAUGCUUGCACUUGGUCUCUCAUCUAUCAGCCCUGCAUUUGUGACGUUCCUGUUGCUGAAGGUGAGCGGUGUUCCCCUGAGUGAGAAGAAAUACGACAAGCGUUACGGUGACCGGAAGGAUUACCAGGAAUGGAAGAAGAACACACCCAAAUUCUUCCCAAGGUUGUGA